GUAGCUCCUGACAGAAUCUGAGUCACCAGGGCGUGGCGCUGGAGCCGAGCUUCCCUCCUCCCCGCUCUGUAUUGUUAGCGCGGCCCCUCCCUCUGCUCCCAGACGGGUGGCGCACUUUCUCCCAGCCGGCAUCCCUCGCAGCUCGCUCUGUCUCGCCAUGGAGGACCAGUCGCCGUUCAUCUCGUCCAGCUACCCCGAGUCCCACCCGAGCGCGGAGCCCCGCGAGGAGGACAGGAAGCCCUGGGAGGACCAGGAGGUGCUGGAUCUGACCGGGGGAGCCGGCGGUUUCCGCCCGGAUCUGUUCAGGCGGGGGGAGCCGGAGGAGGAGGACGACAAGCCCAGCUACUCGGACAGCCUGGAGCCCUCUCCGGAGGAAGAGGAGCCCAGCAGCAUCAGCGAGCAGCCCAUCGCGCCCCCCGUGCUGCCCAGCGCCCCCCUGGAGGAGGAGGAGGAGAGGCCCCCAGUGCCACGCCGGACCCCCACAGGGUCUGUGGGUAAGUACUGAGCCAAAUUAUGCCCCCCCCCUCCAGGAAAGAUCCAAAUUAUACCCCUCCCCUCAGGAAGAUCUAAAUUAUCCCACUACCCUUUCAGGAAAGAUCAAAUUAUCCCCCCACUACUCCAGGAAGAUCCAAAUUAUCACUCCCCACCCCUCCAGGAAGAUCAGUAUCCUCCCCACCCCUCAGGAAAGAUUACAAAUUAUCCCCCACCUCCCCUCAGGAAAAGAUCCAAAUUAUCCCCCCACCCCUCCAGGAAAGAUCAAAUAAUCCCUCCCACCCUCCAGGAAGAUCAAAUGAUCCCUCCUCCCCCUCCAGGAAAGAUCAAAUAAUCCCUCCCCUCAGGAAGAUCAGGUAUCCCUCCCCCUCAGGAAAGAUCAAAUUAUCCCUCCCCCUCAGGAAGAUCAAAUUAUCCCUCCCCCUCCAAGGGGAAGAGAUCAGAAUUAUUCCCCCCCUCCGGGAAGAUCAAAUUGUCCCCCAUAAGGGGAAAGUCAAAUUAUCCCCCCACCACUGCCCCCUCAGGAAUCCAUUAUAUCCCCCCACCUCCCCUCAGGAAGAUCCAAAUUUAUCCCCCCCACCUCCCCUCCGGGAAAGUCAAAUUAGUCCCCACCUCCCCUCCAGGAAGAUCCAAGGUAUCCCCCCACCUCCCCUCAGGAAGGGGUCAAAAUUAUCCCCACCUCCCCUCCAGGAAGAUCCAAAUUAUCCCAGGGAAGAUCCAAAUUAUCCCCCACCUCCCCUCCAGGGAAAGAUCCAAAUUAUCCCUCCCCCUCCAGGGAAGAUCAAAUUAUCCUCCCCUCAGGAAAGAUCCAGCUUAUCCACCCCUCCAGGGGAAAGAUCAAAUUAUCCCGACCCCACCCCUCAGGAAGAUCAAAUUAUCCCCGACCCCCACCCCUCCUGGAAAGAUCCAAAUUAUCCCCGACCCCCCACCCCUCCUGGAAGAUCAAAUUAUACCCCCCCCCCCCCCCACUUCCCCACCAGGAAGAAGAUCAAAUUACCCCCCACCUCCCCUCAGGGAAGAUCAAAUUAUCCCCCCACCUCCCCUCUCCAAAUUAUCCCUCCCCCUCUCCCCCCACCUCCCCUCCAGGAAAGAUCCAAAUUAUCCCCUCCACCUCCCCUCCAGGAAAGAUCCAAAUUAUUCCCAUUGCCACCUCGCUGCAUAGAAACCCUAAACUGAUCCAGGAUCCCACAGACAGGAAAGGUACACCCAGCCCCCCACAUUAACCCCUGGCUGCAUAUAUUCAUUAUAUUGAUUCAGGCUCCCCCAGACAGGAAAGGUACACUCAGCCCUCCACACAUUGCCUCAUUGCUGUAUAAAUUCCAUAAAUUGAUCCAGGCUCCCCCAGACAGGAAGCGUACACCCUAGAUACCCAGAUGUUUUAAAACUGCAGCUUCCAUGAUGCUUUGUCAUUCUAAACGCAUGCAAGGCAUCACAGGAGUUGUAGUUCUACAACAUCUGGGGAUCUACCUUUUGGGCGCCCUUGCCAUAGACUGAUUAUCUUCAGAGCCACAUGCUGCCCCAAAUAGAGCAAGGAUUCACAUUGCUUUAACAUUCCUCCAUUCAAUGGAAAGAAUAUCCUAAAAUAGAGCCAGGUGUCCCCAAAUAGAUCAAAGGACAACCCUGCGCCUCAUAACCUAAUCCCUAAACAGAUCAUCCCCCAAUAGGAGCAAGGCCCAACUCUCAUUACAUUAUCUUCUCUUAACAGAAUACUAAUUAGCACAGAUUAGCCCAAAUAGAAUCAGAGUUCCAACAGUGCAGUCCCUUAUAAUGAAACCAAUUACACAAGGGGUACCCUAAAGUUAGAUUGCCAGAAUUUAUAGUUUAUAAGCAUCAUGAAAGAGGUAUUUCCAAAACACUUUGGGCACCCCCUCUCUACUUUGACAUGUUACCUUCUUCCUGAACAGACUACACUCCCUCCCUUUUGAGGAAAGCAUCAGCAUACUAGCCCCUUCUCAGUAGUCAGGUGCAACUUAACCAGAGGAGUAGGAUACCUUCCUCAGAAAUUUAUUAAGGUAUCCAUUGCACAUCCCCCAGGUACUGCCAAAUGCCACCUACCCCACAUGUUUAACAGACAGACAGUGUCUAAGAGACACUCCCACCCAUUAGCACCCAAACAAAGCCAGAUCCCUCCAUAUCAUCACACACACACACCAGACAGAUAUUGGUCUUUAAGUCCAUACUGAUAAAGGUCAUCAGUCAGCAUGAAUGAAUGAACGAACCCCUUCAGGUGUCAUCCUCCCUGUAUACCCUUAUACAAUUUAAUUGAUGGAAAAAAAAUGUUUUUGCGUUUUGUGGAAAUUACUUCUGUGUGUUAUUUUUUUUCUUUUUUUUUCUGGUAGUUUAGUGUAAAAUAUUUGUAUCUCUUGCCUAUACAUUUAUUAUGCAGCUAAACAGGUAAUUUACCUGGAUAAUGUAACACAUGCAGAUGUAUCUGUAUAGAAAUAAUAAAAAUAAGAGCCUAUGACAAAAAUGACAAAUUUUAAUUAGAAGCUAAAAGCAUCACGUGAACAGCUUAUGCAGCUAGAAAUAUAAUAUUUGUCGGCAACACGCAUUGGCAACCAGAUACAUGUUCAAUGAUGCGUCUCUGUGAGCAGCACCAGAUCUAGAUGCUUUUGUGUCUGAUUCCAUCAUGAAAUCCUGGUUGCCCAUCCUACAGUCAUGUGGCAUUGUGCAUCCAUUGCACACCCUGCCCUUGUCAGAAUGCAUAGCACUGUGUGCCCACAUGACUAUCCUUCUGGUGGGAGGAGGAGUGUGCCAUGUGAGUGUGCAUAAUGGAUAUUGCUACCAGGGUGGGGUCUGAUAUGUGCCAGCUGCCUAGAAAAACCUGAUUCAUAACUGCAGAAGACUUUGGGAUAGGGGUGUGAUUGGUGGCAGGCUACUCCAUCCCUUUCCUCCCAGUGAGCUAUAUAUGACUGGAUUUCAUAAAAAAAAAUUUUUUGUUGUUGCAUUUGUUAAUUGUUUGAAGAAGUUGUUAAAUGACUGUGCCUUUACAUAUUGGAAUAGAACCCUAAAGCAAAUUGUUAUGGUGUAGGCUGUCACUUGUCCAUAAUCAGUUAAAAUGCAUGUUUAUACAUAAGACUAUAUGUUUACAUGUAUGCCUUCUGUCUGCUCUGUAAAUUAAGUCUUGUGUACUAAAGUCAGGAGCAGCCCAUUUUAACAUAGAGGGUUAACGGAAGGGUGUUCAUACAUUCUAGCUGAGCUAGCAUUACAAUGCCAGUGGGAAAACACACCUUUUUUGGUAUGCCAUCAAUGUUUGCCAGAGGGAAAAAUAAAUGUUUAGAAAAUAGCCAGACCGCAAUUACUCAUUAUAGCACCGUGUACCUGCAGCCGCCAGUUAAAAGGAAUCGUAGUGACAGGUGAAGUGUUAUAAACAUGUUUUAUUUAAGAAACAUGCCCUGUCCCAUGGAUAAUUAUGCGUUUUUAUGUGGAAUUGCAGUAUUGCUCUGUGCACAAGGCAUGGGAACCAGAAAUAGUCCUCUUAUUUGCAUGACGUUGUUUUUUUUCCUCAGAACCGUGCAGCUUUUGCUUUUUUGAUCUCCAGUUAAGGGGUGUUUCACAGUUGGCCAGCAAAUGUCUCAAGCUGCUGUCAGUCUACCAACUCCCAUUCCUCUCAGCCAGCUAAUGAUCAUGUGACUGUUGAUGUGUUUCUCCAGCUGCUGACACGCAAUCUCUGAAAUAGAUUGGAAAUGUCUGCAGAUUCCCUAUCCAUUGUCUUGGAUCCAUCCCAGUAUUAUUGCUACGCAGUUUCUUUUUCCAUGCCAUUGACAGUUCUAUAAGCAUAGGGAUAUUGGAAGUGAAUCCGGCUGCUGCAUCACAAUAUGUCGAACAAAAAAUAAAAAAAACCUUGCAGUCGUAUUGAUAGGAAUGAAUGGUUAAAGACAAAGCACUCUUGUACUUAGCAAAUGCCCAAGAGACUGGAUGUGCUUUGCAGUUGUGCAGUGGCAUCAUUUUUCCAGCAAGUUCUGUGAAACACACUACUUAUUCAUCAUCAGUCAGACAGAUGGGUGCCUUUUGGGGUUCACUUGCAAGAAGAGUUUAUUGAAAAACUAUAAAAUGGCUGCAUUCUAUUUUUUUUUUUUUUUUAAUUUAUAAAUUAAUGGGUCUCAAGGAAGCAACAUAUGUUUCUUUUAGAUCUCCUAGAUCAGGGGUAGGCAACCUUCGGUGCUCCAGAUGUUGUAGCCUACAUCUCAAUUGAUGCAUUGCCAGCAUUAUGCCUGUAAGAGCAUGCUGAGGGGUGUAGUCCAACACAUCUGAAGUGCCAAAGGUUGCCUUCUCAUGUCCUGGAUCAAAGAUGGCUAACUGACAUUGCAUGUGUUUUUGUAAACUACAAUCUCCAUAAUACUCAGCCAGCAUAAUACUCUGCCUGAGAAUCGUGGGCAUUGUACUUCAGGAAAAAGUUGGUGUGCUAUUGUUGGCCUACCUAGAUUGUCACCACGUGCCCAUGGUAUAGGUCGGUGGUGUCUAGUCUUUGCCGCUGUGUUGGAAUGUUGGCUGAGCUUCAAAGGAGCAUCACUGGUAAAUGAGAGACAGACCUAGAGGUGUAAAGCUGUAAUGUCCACUGUUACAUUCCUGCAUGCAACUGGUAGGCCGAAGCAUGAAAUUCUACAUCAAAACUAGUAUAAGUGUAGCUGUUAAGAUUGGAUAUAGAUCUCGCAAAUCAUUAUUCAUAGACGGACUUUAGAAAUUGUAAACUAAUAGUACUUAUAUGACUCUCUUCAAUACAGGUCUUUUUUAGCAGCUUCUUUGUUCCAGAUAAGCUGUUAGUUAAGUGAUUGUUAUUUGAAACGUUUAGGCCUGAUCUAAUACUGCCAUGUGGUCUCUGUAUCUGGGAGAGGAAGUAGUGUAUCUCUUUCAUUCCACAUGGCAAGAUGCUUGCUUUCUAAUUUCAAAGUGGUUUUAUUAUGACAUCAAAUUACACAGCUUCCUCAGAGAAUUAGUGCACUAAGUGACAAAGCAGUUCCAAUAAAAGUGAAUUUAAGGUGCAACAUUGUUAAAUUGUGCUGUCCAGGUAUACACAACUUAUUGUAUCUUAAUUUAAAGUAGGGGAGAAAAAAUGCUCCCUCCUUCUCUCCCUCCCUCCCUCCUUCUCUCUCUCCCUCCCUCCUUCUCUCUCUCCCUCCCUCCUUCUCUCUCUCCCUCCCUCCUUCUCUCUCUCCCUCCCUCCUUCUCUCUCCUUCUCUCUCUCCUUCUCUCUCUCCUUCUCUCUCUCUCCCCCCUCUUGAUGAUCUCUGCCAAUCACUGCUUUCCCAUAGGAAAGCAUUGGAUUGGCUAAAAUGGUCAAUUCUGAUGAUCUCAGCCAAGGAGAUAGGCUGGGGGUGGAACCAAACUCCUCCCUCGCCAGUCAGCAUCUCCUCAUAGAGAUGCAUUGAAUCAAUGCAUCUCUGAGGGAAGUUCAGCAUCUCCAUACUGUACGUUAAGAAGCCGAACGGCUGUGGUGCACACUGUGCAGCACUGACUCAGGAAGCACCUCUAGUGGCCAUCUGAUGAGUGGCCGCUAGAAGUGUUCAUAGGCUGUGAUGUAAACAUUGCCCUUUUUCUCUGAAAAGACCGUGUUUACAGCAAAAAACCUACAGGGACUGAACUCGCCAGAACUACAUUAAUAAACUGUAGGUGUUCUGGUGACUGUAGUGUCAGAUUAAUUUUGUUACAUGCUAAUAGUUUUUAAUACCAUAGAAUACUUUAAAUCCUUUGCUAAUGUGUAUGCAAUUCACUGUAAUCUAGUGAUAAUGUACUUGAAGUGUCAAGUUCACACUGUACGUAUGCAGUCUUUACUCACAUUAGAUUUGGAAUGUUGCCUUGAUUGCUCAAUGUAAACUGGCUGAAUAUUAUGUUACCUGCUUGUAGCACGACUGACAUACACCCUUCUACUUUAUUUACAGACUAUACAUUUUUAGCCCAGUGGCUUCCAAGGCAAGGUAAAAUAGAAAACACAAGUGUUCUGGUUAAAUGAAAAUAAACAAUCUUGGCAACUUGUUGCUUCUUGAUCAAUCAGAUUAGCAAAUAUUUAGCACGAAUAAAACCUUUCCUAAUUCCAAUUCUAAUCUUUACAACUCAAAUCAUCAAGAUUUUGAGUACAUAAAAUAAAUCAAUGUUAAAAAUUGCUUCUCUAAUGCUUGGAUAAUUUAAUUUACACUGAAACUUUGUAAGUUGCAUCAUUAGACUAUUUAAUUAAAAUGAAUAACAAAAAAAAUAAAUGUAACAAUCUGAAUGUAAACUUGUCAUAUUUUGAGAUAAAUAACAAACGGCAAUGGAGGAGAUUGAUUGAAUAAGUAAAAAAUGUCCAACUAAACCAAUGCAGAGAUUAAAGGAUGAAGUAGUUACUUUCAUGGGUCAAAGUUAGUUUUGGGAGUGAAUCCACAAUGGAUCUUCUGUUACACAGAAUGCAUUUAACUAUGUGUAAUUAGAAGGCUAUCUCUUCCAUAAGCUGUGAAGUCACAUGUUGUUGGGCCACUAGCUGAAAUAGUACAUAAUUUCUGUCUGAACACAAAAGUCUAAACUUUUAAUGUAAUUGGUUGUGUGCAUCUCAUGUCCUUUGAUUUUAAUGUUCUCAUGCAGUGUGAUUCACUAAGGUAUAUAUUUUUUGAGAGUUUAAAAUUCAUACAUUGGUCAAUAACCCUAGUUGCGCAUAUUAUUGAAGCCAUGUCAUUGGGAUUUAGCCCGUAAUCGCUUUACUGUAUUUUAUAGCGUUACAUUUAUCUGUACUUUGCUCUGACCAGACUGCAACUUCAUGUAAGUAUGGUAUGUAUUUUCAUCAGUUUGUUGCACUGUAAAAGAACUCCCUUAAAUUUACGUCUCCACACGAUGUAUCACUUGGGACUGGACGAUGUGCAGGCAUCCACAGGGCUUUGAUUUAACAGGUUUCUUUAUUUUUUUUUUAGGGGCGGGGGGAGGGGGGGGGGGCGAAGUAGUUUUCUGGAAAAUAUUUAAACCUUAAGGAUUUUUUUUAAAGAUUUUUCUCUAGCGCCAUGUAGAACUCUACAUUUGUAUACCUAAUCACUAGUUAUCCAUCUGUUAUGUCUACACUACAUUUACACUUCACCUUUCCUAUAAAAAAAACAUUCUUAUGCUAAUUUUGUAACAGAUUUGUAUGUUUAAAUACAUCUGUAUUUGGAUGCCUUGGUGUUUUGUGUGUGUGUGUAGUUCUAUACAACUCAGGUUUUACAUGUUUUACAUGUUUAUAGGGUAUAUGAGUCAUAUCACAAACAUUUUAAUUCAGUGCAUUUAUCUUGUGAUCUAAAAAUGAGCUAGCUUGGUUUGAAUGUAUGCCUCUAUGGGUGCUCCUUAAUACAAUCCCGUGCUGGCUUGUUUCAGGGUUGAACCCAUGCAGAACCCUAUCUAUUCAUGGCAUGUAACACUCAGGGUAGAAUGCAACUUACAGCAAUACGUGGUAUUUAAUGCUGAAAUUCUGCAUAAUAAAAUCACUGAAUGAAGCACAAGUCAUACUUAAUAUUUUUGUGCCGCCACCCUCCUUCCCCAGUAAAAGCAGUAUAUAAAUGAUACUGAUCAGGUAUGAGCAGGCUACCUAGGCACAAACGCUUUACUAGUAUUAAAUGGCAUCUACUAAAUAUUUACUUUUUCUUUUAAUGAAUGUGUCCUGGUGUCACUGUUUUUUUUUUUUCUCUACAAUUGUGCAUCCUUGCUAGCUUUUCACUUUCUAUCUGUGCUGCUUUAAUUCUAAGGGCCUUGUUGUAUUUGUUUUUCAGAUGAGAACCUCUUUCCUCUUCCUGCUGCAUCUGCACCUCUGAUGCACUCCUCUGCAGGCAAGUUCUUUCUGCUGUCCUGUACUUUUAUAUCUCUGUUGCUGCAUUGAUCCUCCCACUUGCUCUGUAAAAAUAAAUUAAU